GUCUUCGCAACCCGCACCCCCGCCGGCGCAAAACUCGCGCGUUCCACGUAGACCUCAGUCGCAAACGCGUCUGCGUGGCCCGCGCGUUGUUCCCGUUGGGAUUUGACUCGGCUGUACUUCGUGGCCCGCGCUUAUCGAACACAGUCGCAUCGUGUCAUGGGGUAGCAGUGCCGAAAGUGCACGUGCUCAAGUGCUCUUGCCUUUUACACGACUACUGUUCCAGUACCGGCGAAACACGUGAUUUUGUGUGGCAUAUAUCAUCCGGAUUUUCGUUGGAUUCCGAUUAAACCCAAGAGCAGCCAUGCGGACAUCGUUGGUUCUGUGCGCGACGUUCUUGCUCUUGCUCUGGCGCCUGUGGAACUACCUCGUGCCCCUGCAACAAUUGGCAAGGAUCCUCGGUUCCACGUGGAUCGCACUGACGCUCUCUUAUUAUCUCUCGAGGUUUGUGUGGACGCGUCUCUUUGUGGCCGAGAUAUCCGGAGAUGGGAAAGCUGUGCUCAUCACAGGCUGCGACACCGGAUUCGGCAACCGCUUGGCUAAACGACUGUCACGUUGCGGCUUUUUGGUGUUCGCCGGAUGCCUGAAGAGCGACAGUGACGGCGCCAACGAGCUUAGGAGCAUCCGCAACGUAAAAGUCCUGCCUCUUGACGUCACAAAGCAAAAUCAAGUGGAUGACGCACUGGUGUCGGUAAAGCAAAACAUCGGCAACAGAGUGCUUUGGUCAGUGGUCGCCAACGCUGGCAUCGGAAGCUGCGGCCUCCUGGAGUGGCUGACAAUGGAAACUGUGACCAACAUUUUCGACGUCAACGUUUUCGGGGCACUACGGGUCAUCAAAAAGUUCCUGCCCCUCCUCAGAAGAAGCCACGGAAGGGUCGUCACAAUUGCGAGCCCUUUCGGCCACUUCACAAACCCAAUGAUCGUGCCUUACUGCAUGUCGAAACACGCCGUGGUAUCCAUGAUGGAUGGUCUUCGCAUGGAAUGCCAUAGUAGUGGUGUGGACUUUGUCAUCGUGGAGCCUUCGGCUUACCGUACGCCGAUCUUCGAAACGGGCAGCAGUCCUAUGGACCCCGUGAUGCGGGAAUUCAGGCAACAGGAACCGGACGCCAUCGCUACCUACACACACCAGGACGUCGAGGACUGGAUGAAGGCCCUCGACAAAGGCUUCGAAGUGGUCAUGAGGGAGGACCCCGAAGAAGGCGUCACUGUCAUGGAACGGGCACCGCGCCAAAGAACAUUAAUAUUUCCCUCGGGUGAACCGUCUCCGGUCGCAAUGAGGACGUCUUUCGUUUUGCUCUUCGCCUUCCUGUUUCUAUUCUGGAGACUGCGGGACUAUAUGACACCCUUCCAAGACGUUGCCAGGAUCAUCGGAUCUACGUGGAUUGCCGUCACCUUGUCAUACGCGCUAUCCAGGUUUGUGUGGGCACGUGUUUUCGUGACCGAGGUCAGUGGAGAAGGAAAGGCAGUGCUCAUAACUGGGUGUGAUACGGGAUUCGGUAACCGACUGGUGAAGCGACUCUCUCGCAAAGGCUUCCUGGUAUUUGCCAGUUGUCUCCAUUUCAACAGCCCGGGCGCCAGUGACCUAAAGGGCUUCUCGAACGUGAACGUUCUAGAGUUAGAUGUGACGAAGCAGGAACAAGUGGACAAAGCCUUCAUCACGAUAAAGAAGCACCUAGGCCGAAGGGAGCUUUGGGCGGUUGUUGCGAACGCCGGGAUCGGAAGCAUCGGCCUUCUGGAGUGGCUCACGAUGGACACGGUCGUCGACGUCUUCAACGUCAACGUCUUCGGCGUGCUUCGAGUCGCCAAGAAGUUUCUGCCACUACUGAAGAAAAGCAAGGGCAGGCUUGUCACCAUCGCGAGUCCCUUAGGUCAUUUUACAGUUCCCAUGAGCGUGCCGUACUGCAUGUCCAAGCACGCCGUCGUCUCCAUGAUGGAUGGUCUGCGCCGGGAAUGUCGCGGCAAGGGCGUUGACUUCGUCACAGUCGAGCCUUCGGCUUACCGGUACGUUCAGUGAAAGUGAAGCCAUAUACAACGUUUCUGGAACCAGAUGAGCUAAGCACUUCUGUU